AUGGCUAUGCGCAAUGUCGGUGUGAAGACUAGCCAAAUCAUGGACUAUAUGGUAAAUCAGUCCGGGUCUUAUGAGAAUGUUGGUUUCAUCCGCACGGAUCUGCACAACCAUAUUCAAGCCGAACGUAGAGCAGAAGUUGAGGAUGGUGAUGCGCAGGAUUCGAAAUCGCGGGCCGACUACGCAAAGUUUGGUGAUGUGUUGAUAUUUGACUCAACUUACAGAACCAAUGCAUACAAGAAACCGUUUGUCAUGUUGGCUGGUGUGACUAGCCACUUUAGGACCAAGAUAUUUGCAUGUGUUUUGCUAGCUAAUGAGACAAUUGAGACAUACACAUGGGUUUUGGAAACAUUUAUGGAGGCGAUGGGCAAUAAAGCACCUGUGUCCGUACUGACAGAUGGGGAUAAGUCGAUGCGAGAGGCAAUCAGAAGAGUAUUUCCAGAUGCAAGACAUCGAUUAUGUAAUUGGCAUCUUGGGAAAAAUGCUGUUUCAAAUGUUCACAUAAGUGGCUUUGCACAUGCUUUCAAGCAGUGCAUGGACAUGGAAACGGAUGAGACAAAGUUUGAGCAUGGCUGGACGACAAUGGUCGAAGAAUUUGGACUUCAAACCAACAGUUGGGUGUUGGAGACAUAUGAGAAGCGUCAUAUGUGGGCUGAGGCAUAUAUGCGUGGACAUUUCUUUGCUGGGAUGAAGAGCACUCAGCGCUCGGAGUGUAUGAAUGCUUAUUUCAAUCCCUUCCUCCAACACAAAUUGAAGCUAUAUGAAUUUGUUAGGCACUAUGAUCGGGCUCUUGCAAGGAUAAGGUAUAACGAGGCUAGAGAUGAUGCUGAAACAAAUAACACUUUUCCGGGGAAGUUGAAUGUGAAGGAUGUGUUCCCUUUGCCGGAUGGUCAGAAAUGCUACUAUAUUCAUAAGUACAGAGUGAAGGACAGAUCAUGGAUAGUAACACACAGUCCAAUGGAUGCUGCAAUGAGAUGUUCUUGCAUGAAGUUUGAGUCGUUGGGGCUACCUUGCUGCCACAUGAUAUGUGUUAUGAAAGCUGAAAAUUUAACGCAAAUUCCCCCAACUUGUGUGCUGCAUAGAUGGACAAGGGCUGCAAGCAAGGAUGGCCAGCAAUGGCCUCAACCCUCAAUUGAUAGCACUACAACACAGACGGCCCGGUAUGGGAUAUUGUGUUCUUCCUACAACGAAAUGUGUUUCUAUGCCUCGCAAUCAACGGAAGGUUUCAAGGAUGCUAGGGAUGCAUGUCUUCCAAUGACGACCCGGAUGAAGGAGUUAUAUGAGAGGAAUUUGAACAGUGGGAAUGGAGACAAAGGGAAACAUUCAUUCCCUCGACAAUUUGGAGUAGAAGAUCCUAAUGUUAUGAAGACAAAAGGGAACCCAGGACGGGCCUCGUCCAACUGUCAAAGACCAAGAAAAUGUGGGAAAUGCAAAUGCAUUGGCCACACGAAACGAACGUGUCCUAAGGUGCAGUUUAGCCAAACAAUGGGUAGUACCUUGGCUGCAGAUACAAUCCACAUCAGUGACCGUGAGAACAAUGCAGACUCAUCGCCCAUUUGCUACAAAACUGGGUUAGUGGAUCCAAGUACACCGCACAUUAAGCAACGACGACUAUUUUUCGAUGUUUCUCCUAAUUCCAAGCAGCCUGUGGGCCAAUACGGUAAUGUUGAAGCAGCAGUGUGCAAAAAUGAUUCGACCACAAUUGAUGAGGUGAAUCAGGUAGACAGUACUAGCUAUUGA